UGGGGUGGAUAUAAAUCAUAACACUUAAAAAUAAAUCAAUUAAAUGUGUUCAGUUUCUAUGAAACUGACAGGGCUUUUUGUGCUUGAAUUUUUAGUUCUAAAUUGCAGUUAAGGUGUCGAAGUCUCUCAGCCCAUUUAGGGUUACCCUGAAACUUGCAAACUUAGCAAAUAUACAUAAAAUGUGAGCAGAAGGAGAGGAUGCAAAAAAAUGGAGAGGCGGGGGAAGAAGUGUGUGUUGGAAAAAAACAUCGGAUUUUAAAACAAAGUUCUUUCUAAAGGUCAUGCAGAAAUCGAGACAUAACUAUUACAAAGUUCUUCCAAAUAAACCCUUGCGCCUGCAAACAAGUGCAUUUUUUUCUUCCAUUCAUUGCAAAGGUGAUGAUACUGCUUUCCCUUGUUUUUUUAUUAUAAUCAACCAGCUUACUCCAAUAAUGUCCUUGAUGCAUUCAGCCAGUUGGAAGAUGCCCCUCCUUUCUUUUCCUUUUUGAACAGAAAAGGGGGACGAAGGUACCCUGGCAAUGAUAUAAAAAUCUGUGAUACACUGAUGCAGUUGUCCGGUUCGCAGGGAGCAGAGAGAGGGAAGUUUUGUUCACUGCACCCUUGAAGGAUUCAGUUCCUUACUAGUUAGCACAGAGUGAGGAGCAGUCAGAGUAAUUAGUCUCUGGCAAUCAUGGCCAAGGUAGCUUGGCUGUGGUUUCUGCUGCUUGCACCCAAUAUCCAUGGAAAAGUUGUUCUGGAUUUGACUGGCCCACAUGAGACCCAUGGCACUUGGAGGGCUUCGGUCACUUUGCCAUGUUUGUAUGACCCAUCUCCUGACUUCCUGGAACAAAGUGUUGUUUGGAGGCAGCGGGAUCAUCACAAUAGAGCCAUCUUUCACCGGGAUAAUGAAUCAGGGGACCAAACACCUGUGGCACAUUUCAGAGACCGACUCACCGUUCCUAAGCAACCCCUGGGAGAUGUCUCCCUCCUGAUCCACGAUCUCGACAUGGCAGAUAGAGGGCGAUAUGCCUGUGAAGUUACCUUCCUGACCAAAAACAAUACCAGGGUAACAAUAUCAAGGAUCAUCAUACUGAAGGUUAAAAAAGUUCCAGUGGCCAAGCCUGUCAUUAAGGCCACCAACAAUGAUGAGACCAGCUUGCCUGGCGUGAUGAGGUUCAACCUGUCGUGCUUGACCAGCGGCUCUCCGCCCAUCACUUACCGCUGGUUCAAACAAGUGGAAGGAAGCAAUGCAACCCUUGUGGGCAAGGAAGCCGUACUUACCUUUGACCGGCUGGAGGCAUCGGAUGCUGGCAGAUACUACUGUGAAGUUGAAAACAGGGUCAGCAAGCAGAUCCAGCAGAGUAGAGCUAUUCGGAUAAACGUGCAAAGUUCUGCAGUGCCAUCUACUAUGGGGCCUAGCACUGAGUUCGCAAUGAGCACCACAGCUGUGGCAGGUGCCACAAGCACAACUUGGAUGGCGUUCGGAGGAAGAACUACAUCUGGCAGCUUCAACUCAAGAGAGCUCACCAUGGCAAAACGUCCAGCUACAACACCAGCAACUACGACAGCGUCUACUACAGGGAAGCCUUUACCAAAGCCUACUGGGUCCAAGAUGUCAACUUUCGCCAUCAUCAUGCUUGUUCUGCUCAGCCUUGUUCUCACUGGUAUUCUUACGUGUAUUGUCUGCUACAGAAUACAUGGAACUGGUGACGGCUUUCCAAUUUCAUACUUCUGUAUUACCAGAGGCACAGAUGAAGACAACGAUGAUGACAACACAGGUGGAAGUGAUGGGGACAAUCCACAUGACCUAGGAAGAAACGACAGGUGUGCAUGUUCGUAUGAGUACGAGUUACUGAACGGCAGUGCUGACAACAGCCGCAUCCUGGCACCUAUACUAGGCCUUGAGGAAGAGGCGAUAGAACUCAAGACAGUCAAUAUGUAUGAGGCCCUGGUCAAUGAGCCAGAUUCUGACAUUGAAGUGCUAGAUGCCCCCCUGUGAGGCGCCUUCCUUUUUUGCAUUGAUGAAAGUCAGAGUGGUAUAGUGGUUAAGAGCGGUAGACUUGUAAUCUGGUGAACCAGGUUCGUGUCUCCUCUCCUCCACAUGCAGCUUCU